CUCUUUGUUUCAGGCUUUGGUCGGAAGGAUGUAGUUGAAUAUUUGCUUCAGAGUGGUGCCAAUGUCCAUGCACGCGAUGAUGGGGGCCUCAUUCCUCUUCAUAAUGCCUGCUCUUUUGGUCAUGCUGAAGUUGUCAAUCUUCUCUUGCGUCAUGGUGCAGAUCCUAAUGCUCGGGAUAAUUGGAACUAUACUCCCCUUCACGAAGCUGCCAUUAAGGGAAAGAUUGAUGUCUGUAUAGUUCUGUUACAACAUGGUGCUGAGCCGACCAUCCGUAAUACAGAUGGAAGGACAGCUUUGGACUUAGCAGAUCCAUCGGCAAAGUCAGUGCUGACUGGUGAAUACAAGAAAGAUGAGCUCUUAGAAAGUGCCAGGAGUGGAAAUGAAGAAAAGAUGAUGUCUCUUCUUACACCAUUAAAUGUCAACUGUCAUGCAAGUGAUGGUAGAAAGUCAACUCCAUUGCACUUAGCAGCUGGAUAUAACCGAGUUAAGAUUGUGCAGUUGUUACUACAACAUGGAGCUGAUGUGCAUGCUAAGGAUAAAGGGGACUUGGUGCCACUUCACAAUGCCUGUUCCUAUGGUCAUUAUGAAGUAACAGAACUUCUAGUAAAGCAUGGAGCAUGUGUGAAUGCAAUGGAUCUGUGGCAGUUCACUCCUCUGCAUGAAGCAGCUUCUAAGAAUAGGGUGGAAGUAUGUUCUCUUCUGUUAAGUUAUGGUGCUGAUCCAACACUAUUGAACUGUCACAACAAAAGCACCAUUGAUUUGGCCCCGACACCCCAGUUAAAAGAACGAUUGGCAUAUGAAUUCAAAGGUCACUCGCUGCUACAGGCUGCACGAGAAUCAGAUGUAGCUCGUAUCAAAAAGCAUCUGUCUUUGGAGACAGUGAACUUCAAGCAUCCUCAAACUCAUGAGACAGCAUUGCACUGUGCAGCUGCAUCUCCAUACCCCAAGAGAAAGCAAGUAUGUGAAUUACUGUUGAGAAAAGGAGCCAACAUCAAUGAAAAGACAAAAGACUUCUUGACACCUCUCCAUGUGGCAUCAGAAAAGGCUCAUAAUGAUGUAGUGGAAGUGGUUGUAAAGCAUGAAGCGAAGGUUAAUGCGUUGGAUAAUCUUGGUCAGACUUCUCUACAUCGAGCUGCACAUUGUGGCCAUCUUCAGACAUGCAGAUUGUUGUUGAGCUCUGGAUGUGAUCCAUCCAUUGUGUCACUACAGGGUUUCACAGCUUUACAAAUGGGGAAUGAGAGUGUGCAGCAACUACUACAAGAAGGUAUCCCAUUAGGUAAUUCGGAUGCAGAUCGACAGUUACUAGAAGCUGCAAAGGCUGGAGAUGUGGACACUGUAAAAAAGUUAUGUACAGUUCAGAGUGUGAACUGCAGGGACAUUGAGGGGCGUCAGUCCACACCGCUGCACUUUGCAGCAGGAUAUAAUAGGGUGUCUGUAGUUGAGUAUCUUCUUCAGCAUGGAGCUGAUGUUCAUGCAAAAGAUAAAGGUGGGCUUGUCCCAUUGCACAAUGCUUGCUCCUAUGGUCACUAUGAAGUAGCAGAACUCCUUGUUAAACAUGGUGCAGUUGUAAACGUAGCUGACUUGUGGAAGUUCACUCCCUUACAUGAAGCUGCAGCAAAAGGGAAAUAUGAGAUCUGCAAACUUCUAUUACAGCAUGGGGCUGACCCAACGAAGAAAAACAGAGAUGGAAAUACUCCUUUGGAUCUUGUUAAAGAUGGUGAUACAGAUAUUCAGGACCUGCUUAGAGGAGAUGCAGCUUUGCUAGAUGCUGCCAAGAAGGGUUGUUUGGCCCGAGUAAAAAAGCUGUGUUCACCUGACAAUGUGAAUUGUCGUGAUACCCAAGGACGACACUCAACACCGCUACAUUUGGCAGCUGGUUACAACAAUUUGGAGGUUGCAGAGUACCUGUUACAGCAUGGAGCUGAUGUGAAUGCACAGGAUAAAGGAGGCCUGAUACCUUUACAUAAUGCAGCAUCAUAUGGGCAUGUAGAUGUAGCAGCUUUACUUAUAAAGUAUAAUGCCUGUGUGAAUGCUACAGACAAAUGGGCUUUCACACCUUUGCAUGAAGCAGCCCAGAAAGGAAGGACACAACUUUGUGCCUUGUUAUUGGCACAUGGGGCUGAUCCUACUCUGAAAAACCAAGAAGGACAAACACCUUUAGACCUGGUCACUGCAGACGAUGUUAGCGCACUGUUGACAGCAGCCAUGCCUCUUUCUGCAUUGCCAUCUUGUUACAAACCUCAGGUUAUAAAUGUAUCUCAGACUACUGGACCCACAGCUGAAUCCUUGUCUUCCGUUCCAUCCAGCCCAUCCAAUUUGUCAGCUGCUAGUAGCCUUGACAACUUGUCUGGUAGCUUUUCUGAACUCCCAUCCGUUGUUGCUACAAAUGGUGCGGAAGGGGCUACAGUGUUAGAAAAAAAAGAAGUUCCAGGUGUAGAUUUUAGUAUAAAUCAAUUUGUGAGGAAUCUUGGACUUGAACAUCUGAUUGACAUAUUUGAAAGAGAGCAGUUAGGCUAUUGGCCUGAGCCUCCACAAUUGCCUGUGACAAUAACAUUGGAUGUAUUGGUUGAAAUGGGACACAAAGAAUUAAAGGAAAUUGGAAUCAAUGCUUAUGGUCAUAGACAUAAAAUAAUCAAAGGUGUUGAAAGAUUGAUUUCUGGACAGCAAGGUCUUAACCCAUAUCUCACUUUGAAUACUUCUGGGAGUGGAACAAUUCUCAUAGAUCUCUCUCCUGAAGAUAAGGAAUUUCAGUCAGUGGAGGAGGAGAUGCAGAGCACAGUCCGAGAGCACAGAGAUGGUGGGCAUGCUGGUGGAGUCUUCAACAGAUACAACAUCCUAAAGAUUCAAAAAGUGUGCAACAAAAAACUAUGGGAAAGAUAUACUCAUAGGAGAAAAGAAGUUUCUGAAGAAAACCAUAACCAUGCUAAUGAAAGGAUGUUGUUUCAUGGCUCCCCAUUUGUGAACGCAAUUAUACAUAAAGGCUUUGAUGAGAGACAUGCCUACAUAGGUGGGAUGUUUGGAGCUGGGAUAUAUUUCGCUGAAAACUCUUCUAAAAGUAAUCAGUAUGUGUAUGGAAUUGGAGGCGGCACUGGAUGCCCAAUUCACAAAGACCGUUCUUGUUAUGUCUGCCACAGGCAGUUGCUGUUUUGCCGCGUAACAUUGGGCAAAUCUUUCCUGCAGUUCAGUGCAAUGAAAAUGGCUCAUUCUCCUCCAGGACAUCAUUCAGUUACUGGUCGACCAAGUGUAAAUGGACUAGCUUUAGCAGAGUAUGUCAUUUACAGAGGAGAACAGGCUUAUCCAGAAUAUUUGAUUACUUACCAGAUUAUGAAACCAGAAGUCACUUUAGAAGCUUGAGACAGAUUGCUUUUGGAAAUCAUCAGACCUGAGGAUGAAAAUACCAACAACCUACACCUUCUAAAUGAUACUGAAUUGUUGAAAAUCUUUUCCCCACAAGUGAUGCGGUGAAAAUGUGAACAAAAUAUAGCAUUUUGACUUCAUAAAGCUUUAAUAAUGUACAGUACGUUUUCUAAAAUUUCAAAAACUUCCUCUUUUUCAGCACUUUAACAGAUGCCAUUCCAGGUAAUCUGGGUUUGUCUGUACUAAAUUAUACACAAAAGAUAACUUGAACUAUCAUUUUAUACAAUACUACAUUGAUAUCAAACAGAAAUUGUUAUGCUCUAUACACAAACCUGUUUUACUAAUACUGUGUUCUUUAAAACACUACAUUUACACUGAAUACAAUUCAUUUGUAAAACUGUAAAUAAGAGCUUUUGUACUAGCCUGGUAUUUAUUUACAUUGCUUUGUAAUAUAAGUGUUUUAGAACUGCAGUCUUGUACAAAGUGUUUUCCCAAACAUUGCAUUGCUUGUUUCCUCAUGCAUAGUAGAUUGGCAAAGCCUGUUUGAUCCCAGGGUUUGUCAUUUGGGGGAGAGAAGAAUAUGUUUGAUUUUAAUUAAAAAGUCAAGAAUGAUCCAAUAUUGAAACAAUUACUCAGAUGCUCAUUCUUUAACUUUAUUUAUGGAAUAUGCAUUCCUGAGAGAUGAUGAUCUAUGAAACUAAGACACUCCAGUGGGGCUACCAAGAUGAUUUCCCACCUACUUGCCAGAGUUUCACACUUCAUUAAAUUGUCUCCUGGAGUUUGUAUUUUAAGUAUAGGUGUAGUUAAUGAGUGGCCAUGGUUCAAGGCUAGUAGAUCCUGCUAGUGAUAACUAGUAAAUUAUUUUCUCUGAAUGUAGCUAGAAAGCUAACUUCAAGGAGAUAUUUCUAAACAAGUUCC